UUUAAAAGACAGCUUCAGCUGCCUGGGUUGCACUCUGGUGGGACGCAUCAUGGAGAGAACUGUGGUGCAGCUAACCCUCUUUGGGCUGCUGCUGGCUUUGGCUACCACACUACCAAACAAGGAUGACUGGGACAUCUACAGCUUUCACAUCAACUCUACAGUGACCGAUCGCUAUGCCACCACUGUCAUCACAAGCCGUGUGGCCAAUCGCAUGGAUGAGUCAAAGGAAAUAGAAUUCCACGUUAGGAUUCCAAAGAAUGCCUUCAUCAGUAAAUUCAGAAUGUUUAUAGAUGGCCAGGCAUAUGAUGGUAUUGUGAAAGCUAAGGAGCAGGCUCAGAAACAGUAUACUGAAGCUGUAUCUCGUGGCCAAAGCGCUGGGAUUGUCAGCUCUGUAGGCAGGACUCUGGAAGAAUUCAAGACUUCUGUUACUGUGGCUGCUCACCAAAAGGUCACCUUUGAACUCACAUAUGAGGAACUGAUGAAACGUACCCUUGGGAAGUAUGAGCUGCAAAUCCAUGCUCGACCGAUGCAGCCUGUCAAAGACUUCAAGAUUGAUGUGCUCAUUCAUGAGAAAGCUGGCAUCAGUUUCAUCAAUGUGAAAGGAGGACUAAGCACCAAAGCCCUGGCUAAUGCCAUCACCAAAGAACAAGCAGACAAACAGGCAUGGGUGCAUUUCUAUCCAACAGAGGACCAACAGAAAACUUGUGACAGCUGCGGAGUGGAUGGUAUGAAUGGAGAUCUAGUUAUUGUUUAUGAUGUAAACAGGGACACCACACUGGGAGACAUCAAGAAAUCUGAUGGGUACUUUGUUCAUCACUUUGCUCCAACUGGUCUUUCCCGAAUACCAAAAAAUGUUGUCUUUCUUAUUGAUCAAAGUGGCUCAAUGCAUGGCAGAAAAAUAGAGCAGACACGAAUCGCAUUAAUCCACAUCUUAAAUGACCUGGCUGAAGAUGACUACUUUGGUCUUAUCACUUUUCAUAGUGGCAUUAAUCACUGGAAACAAGAACUUGUUCAGGCCAGCAGUGUAAAUGUGGAGAGCGCCAAGAAUUUUGCAAGGACAAUAGGAGCUGCAGGAGGCACAGACAUUAACCAAGCAGUGCUGAAAGGAGCAAGUAUGCUGAAUGCACAUCCAAGACAAGGUUCAGCAUCUAUCCUUAUACUUCUCACAGAUGGAGAUCCAACCUCAGGCGAGACAAAUAUUGAAGUGAUACAGUCCAAUGUCAGAAGGGCCAUUGCAGAUAAAUUCCCACUCUACUGUCUUGGUUUUGGUUUUGACGUCAAUUUUAAGUUCCUUGAGAAAAUGUCACUACAGAACAAUGGUGUGGCAAGACGAAUUUAUGAAGACUCUGACGCUGAUUUGCAGCUGAAGGGUUUCUAUGAAGAGGUAGCUACUCCUCUGUUGACAGACCUGACACUGCUCUAUGCUGGUGGAACCAAUCUUACCCAGACUAACUUCAGCAUGUAUUAUAAUGGCUCUGAGAUCGUGGUGGCUGGUCAGAUCACUGACAAUGACGUGGAAACUUUCACUCCACAAGUUGUGGCCAUUUCGGGGAAUAGAAGGGUAACCUUUUCUGGCACAAACACCUCUGUGGAGUCGACUGGAACGGAGUCUGGUGCCCACAUCCAGAGGGUUUGGGCCUACCUCACAGUUAAACAGCUUCUGGAGAAAGAGCUGCAGUUAUCUGGACCUGAGAAAGAGAAGGUGAAGAAAGAUGCUUUGGAGUUGUCACUUCAGUAUAGCUUUGUGACCCCACUCACAUCCAUGGUGGUCACCAAGCCUCCAGGGGAGAACACAGAUGUGCUUCAUAAACCCAAGGAAGGUGAAGCACCAGAGAGGCAGGCCAAUACCAGGACUCCUCAAUACCAUUUUCGUCUUAACUCAUCUCCGAUACACCAGACACCAGGUUUUGGGGUGAUGCCAAGGGGAGGAGGCUAUGGGAGAGGCUAUGGUGGGGCUGCAGGGGGACCACCUGGCAAUCCUUGGACUCCAUUGCUGAUACCAGGUAAGACACAUUUACAUGAUGUGACAAUGAAAUUACAACGUAUGGAUACAGGUUUUUGGUUUAUAAGUUUGUUUGCAUUAAUAAUGCAGAUGCCAGUUCCUAACAUGGACGUCUAUGAGGAUGCUGACUACGAUACUGUACCUAUAAGUCAUGCCUACAGUGUGGAUCGAAAACUAAAACUUCAGAGACAUAAACCACCUGUUCAGCGUCCUCGUCCUACCUUCGUGUCAACAGCAGCAGCAACUUCUGCCCCUCUUUUGCACAGAUUUUUGCUGAAAUCUGACAGUGCAUCUCCUCCACUAUGCUUUGAUGUCAACGGAGCUGCUCUCCUUAAACUGCUGCACCACCCCAGCAGAGAGCUGUAUGUGAACGGUGAGCUUGACUCAGUAACAAAUGGGGGCUUCAAAAAGAUUGUCGUCCACUUCACUGCUGAUCAGCAUGUUGAAGUUACCACCACAGGAGUCACUGUGCGAGUGGGGCAGAAUGUAACACACCACACUGGACAGGAUCCCAUCGCAGUCGGAAGUAUGACAGUGAUUCGGCGGGACAAGGAAAUCGAUGUUGCAGCUGCAGAUGCUCGCCUGGUCAUUUUAGUUCAUCAGAAGAAUGGCAAAGAAUUGCUUUGGCCAGUUUUGAGACAGAAGCCGUCAGCCACCAACAUGGAGGGAAUUUUAGCUCUAUCGCCAGCAGUUUAUGAGGCGGUGCAGCAAGCUUCCCUCACAAAACUGAAGAUCAAAGACCAGGAGAUUUCUGCCACCAGUGCCACUGCGGUUGACUAUGGUGUUGUGUUUCCUCUGACAAUGAACUGCUGGCUCAUGUCUGCUGAGUCCGCCCUACAGAGACGCCUGGAUGACUUCUUUGUUGCGCAACUUUAACUGGGGGCCAUGUUGAAGAAUUUGAAAAUAUUUCACGCAAAAGAAAAUGAAGGCAAUUAAUACUUAGUAAUUAAGGAAAAUCAGUACCUAAACUUUCAGCUUGUAACUAGCAUUGAGAAAGUAAAGCAUCCUACAUCUUG